UUCUUUACUUCUCAGGUCAUAUUGACGGCAAGUUUAGUAUCCUGAGAAGUCUCAAGCGUGAAUGCCAGUCAGUCAACGAUUUUACAUUCACAGAAUUCCGAAUUUUUUCUAUUGCUUCGCCUGCUGACAGAAAAUAGUUGUAAUGGCUGAUGGGAAUCUGGUGACAGUGGCCUCAAAGAAGCUGAGGGCCCUGCAAGAAAUGCUCCUCACUGACGUUGUCUUUCUUUUCGGGGAAAAUGACGAAUUGAGAAUUCCAGCUUUUAAGUUUGAGCUAAUGGUUUGCAGCGAGUAUUUCGCCAACCUAUUCAACAGCCCUGUGACCCUGAAAUAUGAUGGAAAGUUCAGGUUGGAGAACAUCGAGCCACAUAUCUUCGCAAUGGUCGUCGAGUUUACACACCUGAGUGGACAGCUGGUGUCCAACGUGGACAGUCUGGAGACUUGCCUGAAGCUAGCAUGUGCCGCCGAGGAGUUCAUGAUUGACGACCUGGCUGCUCUAUGCUCCGUACUGCUCGAGGCAAAGUUUCUUAGCGUCGACAACGUGUGGGCAGUGCUCAGCGAGCACUGUCUGGAUCAGGGCAUCGCCUCACCGUGUCUGCAAUUGUUGCGUUCGGAGACAAGAGAGUGUUUGAGACACCGAAGCUUCCUUGAUGCCAGCGAGGAGGCCAUCAAGCUUUUCCUAACUCUGGAACAGAUGGACAUUUCUUCCGAGUCUGAACUCUUGGAAGCGUGUCUUCAGUACGCAUCGAGCAAGGAUUCCUCCAGGGAUGUGUUUCGCCGAUGUUUUCUCCGUGACCUUCGGAUUCUUGUCCUUGACACGGCCCACCUUGCUAAAGUUGCUCACUUUCUCACUCCUGAGGAGAAAAUCAGCAUUGUCAACCACACGAGUCCUUUGUUGAAAAUGAUUGGAGAAACCUUGCAGCUUUCGCCCAGCCUCUGUCCAAUUUCAGAGGGGAGAACAGAAGUGAUCAAGAUCGUUGGCGAGAAAACGCUGAAUUUGAUUCGAACCAGCCAAAUCCUCGACCCUAAAGAGAUUUACCUGGAAAUGGGAGACGCAUCUUGCUUGCCUUUCGAUUUUUUCGUCUACGACUCUGACGUCCAUGAUGCUUUCACUUUAAUUCUACAGCCUAAAAUUAGCAUCAAGAUUUUGGGCAUUGAAAUCGUCAACGAGUUGGACUUUGAAGGCGUAGCCUUUGGAUGUGGCGAAAGUUUUACUCGAAAAGCACAACAGUUUGAAAAAAUGGAGGUCUCUGUCUCAAAUUCUUUUCAGUUCAAAGGGUUGCGAGUUCAUCAAGAGGUCAAGCAGGAUGCAACCUCUGCAACUAAAUGCGGCAACUGCACUUUCGUCAAGCUCUCUACUCUUGUUCCUGCUGGCGCGAUUUUCGCUUUUAAGGCGAAGUUUAAAGGAAGUACCUUCUUGAGAAAGUUGCGCUUCUAUGACGAAACCCUGAAUAGAAUCAACGAGGAAGCCACCUUGAAAGCCUUUUCUCGCGUAACCAACGGCGCAUCCUCUAUGUUUCAUGACGAUGAAACAUAUACAUGCGAAAACAGAAAACUUGCUGAAGAGACUUACUGCAUUUUCAAAUCGAUCCGAUUUGCCGACAAGGAUUAUGAAUAGAAGAAAGAAAUUUUUUGUCUCUUCAAAUGAAUAAAUAAAAUAAAUUCAUC